AUGAUGUCACCAUCCACGACAGAGCACCACGCUGAAGAGCAGCAAGCUACGACCGUUCAAUCUCCCACCGGCUUGGCGGAGUCGCCCGUCAGCGAGGUCAAGCAGGAUCGCAGAUUGAGUGAUGAAUGGGAUGCCUCCAAGGUCCCACCCAGCCGCUUUCAGAAACGCAAAGGGUCAAUAUAUGCCACGCCCAAUUCCCGCGAUGGCCACAUCGACAGGAACUAUGCCGAAAAGUACCAUGCCAAGAUCGCCGAGAUGAAAGGCGGCAAGUGA